AUGGAGAACAGUUCUCAGAAGAAGAAGAAGUUUUCUACUUCCCAAAUCGAAACCCCAACUCCAAAAUCCAAAUUUGAGGACUCUCCAGUGUUCAACUUCAUUAACAAUCUCUCUCCCAUUGAGUCUGUCAGAACAAUCUCCACUGCUCACACCUUUAACUCUCUCAGUUUCACAUCUCCUCCUGUUUUCACCUCUCCUCACCCCACUCUCCACAGAGAUUCCAGAUUCUUCAGAUGUCAUAACUCUGUUGAUCGUUUUAAGGCGUUGGAAUCUCUAGAUGUAUCUAUUUCUAAAGAAGUAGCUGUAGCUGAUGUAGAUCUAAACAAAGAUGCUACUCUGGAGGAAGAAGAAGAAGAAGAAACGUCUAGUGAGCUGCCACAGAUCCUCAAGUCCCACAGCCAAAAUCCUGAACACGGUGAAGGAGACAAUGAUUCUUCUUCCCAGGAUGUACGAGUGAGAUUCCUGAAGAUUCUUGAUGCUCCGGAAGAGAAUGACACUUCUGGUCGUAGACGUUUGAUGUCAGAUUCAGCUGAGCUCUUAGUAUUUCGAUCUCCCAAUGACUCAGAGGCUUUUCAAUGCCUUGUGGAUACAAUAUCUAGCUCGGAAAGACGUUUCUGCGCUGGUGUCAAGUCAACGGAGCAGCAUGAUGUCACCAAAGAUGUUCAAGCCAAGGGUUCCAGCAAUGAUAGUGAGCCUUUGGUUGUGGUUCCCAAUCAGCCUGUCCCUAGCUUGCAUCGUGGUAGCAUGCGAAGACGUUGUUUAGACUUUGAGGUGCCUGGGAAGCGGAAGAAGGAUAUAGCUGAUGUUCAGCAAACUGUGUGUGACAAUAAGGCGGAAUCAUCCUCCAAAUACGUUGCUCCCGGUAUUGGUCUUCAUCUAAACGCCAUUGCAUUGGCGUCAAGGGAUAGUAAGAUCAAUGUCAUACAUGAGUGUUCACCACCUGGAGAGAUUCAAACGAGUAUCUCAGGCUCUAACACUCCGGUUCGCUCCCAAGACACCGUGCGAGAAACUUUGGACCAAGGAGAAACUGAGCCUGGGGAAGGGUCAGCUGUAGAAGAAGCUCCCAAAGAAUUGUUAUUCGAAGAGUUGAAUCCAGGCAGCCUUAGAAAGAAGCCUAGGUUUGAACAAGCUGGCGAGGGCGAUUCUUGUAAGAGAUGCAACUGCAAAAAGUCCAAGUGUUUGAAGCUUUACUGUGAAUGCUUUGCUGCUGGAGUUUAUUGCAUAGAGCCAUGUUCAUGUGUAGAUUGCUUCAACAAACCAAUCCAUGAAGACACUGUCUUGGCUACUCGCAAACAGAUUGAAUCCAGAAACCCACUUGCAUUUGCUCCUAAAGUCAUUAGAAACUCGGAUUUCAUCAUGGACACUAGUAGUGAUGAUGUAAGUAAAACUCCAGCUUCUGCACGACACAAACGAGGCUGUAACUGCAAGAAAUCAAAUUGUCUCAAGAAAUACUGUGAAUGCUUCCAGAGUGGAGUUGGCUGUUCCGUAAACUGUAGAUGCGAAGGCUGUAAGAAUGCAUUCGGCAGAAAAGAUGCCCAUUUACUUGCUAUCAUGGAGAGCAAACAAGAGGAGGAUCACGAGGCAUAUGAGAAAAGAACAGCAAAAGUCCAAGAAAAUAAAGAAGCCGGGCAGAACCUAAGUUCUGAUCAACCUUCCACACCACUGCCACCGUACAGGCAUUUGGUGGUUCAUCAGCCAUUUUUGUCUAAGAACAGGCUGCCUCCGACACAUUUUUUUCUUGGCGCUGGUUCUUCUUCUUUUAAAAAGCCAGACAGUGAUUUAAAGAAUGCGAAGAAGCCUCAUAAAACUGUGACCGAAGAGAAAAGAGAGAUUAUGCCUGAGAUUCUUAGCAAUACCCCUAUAACUACCAUCAAAGCCAUCUCUCCCAACAGCAAGAGAGUCUCUCCUCCUCAGCUCGGCUCCUCGGAAUCAGGCUCAAUCCUAGUGAAGAAAAGUAAUGGCCGGAAGCUGAUACUACGGUCUAUUCCAGCUUUUCCUUCUCUUAACCCAAACCAGUGA